AGUCUACGCAGCUACCGUCCUGCUACAACCAUUGGCAUUGCAACGAGUCGACGAGAAGAGAAUUCACGAAAUCAAGACAUCAUGGGCGCCGGCAGCUCCAAGCCCGAAGGUUCGACUGGCUCGAAACAUGUUUUCACCAGCAACGCCCCCAUCCAAUUCUCCUCUAACCUCGUCGAGGCUCUCCAGACCAACACCGAGACCGACUCCUCCCGCGCCAAGAGCCUGGAACUACAGAUCCAAGCCCGCGUAGCCCAGGAACUCGAGCGCCUCCGCGAACGCGAGCAGCAAACCCUCGCCGAAAUCGAAAAGCGCCUGGCAGAAGUCAAAGACAGCGCCCCGGCCGCCCCCUCAUCAACACCAAACAUCACCUACCCCGCCGGCUCGCUGAACCUCGACGCGCCGCGCAUCCCCUUCGCGGGCCGCGAGUACGAGUCUACCCCUGCGCCUACUGCCGCCGCCGACCAGCCCAUCAACCGCGAUCUGAGCCGGGAGUCCGUGAAUGCGGAGAUUGAGCAGCUGCGCGCUAAGCUUGAGGGACGGCGGAAGCUCGUCGAGGUGGAUGAGCGUGUGGAGCGGGCGCGGAACGAGGUUGUGACUUGUUUGCGGUUGCACGAUAGACGGCCGUUGGAUUGUUGGAAGGAGGUUGAGGGGUUCAAGAGGGAGGUUGCUAGGCUUGAGGAGGCGUUUGUGGACCGUGUUGUUGGUUGAAUUCGUGCCGCCAUGCUGAUGCUAUUUCCUCUGUUGUUUUAACAAAUAGAUCUACCCGGUCCUUCUCGCGUCAUGCAUAUGUAUAGCUAUCUAUCUUUUGUUGGACUGGUUGAAACGAGAUCAGCUUUGUUCUACGAUUUCGUUCAUCUAUUAAUUUCCAUAUGUAGAUUGCACGCAUGCGAAGAAACGGGAGCUUCUGAUUGAAAAGAUAUAUUUCUAGUUGG